GACUUACUCCUUGCGCUUGAUUAGAUUGCACUUACGAGGACAAGAAACGAAGGGGCAAAAUUAAAAGGCCAAGAUACCAGAAGGAAAUUUGUCCAAGCUGAACAGGCUGACCGUUCAUGCGCGCACUGACGUUGCUUCGUUCCGAAAGCAUAGCUCGGAAACGAUGGCCAGUCUCCGACUAUCCGGACUUGUUUCCAACUAGAACUGGCUUCAGGCAUAUGGGGGUGCGUGGACCAAGUAGUAGAACGAACAAACUAAAACGAAAAAGUGAAGGUUACGACGGUAUAUCGUGGCAUGGCUCUGUGCGCACGACUAAUCCUUUUCUCGCGUGGCGCUUCCAAUGCAUUCUAGGAAUGAGCGGUUCAGUUGUUUGGUCUGAAGCUGAGAAACCUCGGCUAACUCGAUUUGGGAAGACCUAUCCGACCCAAUUCCAGCAUAACCCAGCUUUAUCUCUCUCCGCAUCAUGCAAGCGUGGACGUUUUCCUACGUGUUUGUUGGACUUUAAGCCCUGUUCUCCCAUUGCCGAACACGUUAGCAUCGGGGGAGAAGCAGGGAUGAUUGCGUUCAUCAAUAUUAUUAGCUAUUACGCCACUGAACCGACUGGCGAGAAUUCUUGGUAACAUACUGACAUCAUCAUUUCCACGCCAACGUCGGUCGAGUUCACAAUGUCUCAUUUUCUGAUUAUUCGGUUCCUGCGGACCCUGCAGAACGGCUGCGAAA